UUGGUGUUGAUGGUAUAAACACCAUGUGAGCUGAUGGUUCAUGUUCCUCCACAGAGAGGACCAGGAGAGCUCAGAGGUUCCCACAGGUCAGUCUGCCCAACAGCAUCAAACACACCUGGACUCCAUCUUCAUGCUGCUGGAGGAGAACAUCCUCACCUUUGUGAAGAACGAGCUGAAGAAGAUCCAGAAGAUUAUGAGUUCUGAAUACCCAGAAUUCUUAGAGAGUCGUAGGGAGGAUAAGGAGGUGCUGGAUGAAGAGCAGAGGAGGAGCAGAGAGGCAUUUGGGAAGAUCUCGGUGCACUUCCUGAGGAGAAUGAAGCAGGAGGAGCUGGCUGAGCGUCUAAAGAGCACAGUUUGUCAGCGUGAACUCAAAUCCAACCUGAAGACGAAGUUCCAGUGUGUGUUUGAGGGCAUCGCUAAAGCAGGAGACCCAACCCUUCUGAAUGAGAUCUACACAGAGCUCUACAUCACAGAGGGAGGGACUGCAGAGGUCAAUCAAGAACAUGAGGUCAGCCAGAUUGAAACAGCAUUCUGGAAACCAGCGAGACCAGAAACAACCAUCAGACAAGAAGACCUCUUCAAAGCCUCAGCUGGAGGAGAGGAACCAAUCAGAACAGUGAUGACUAAGGGAGUGGCUGGCAUUGGUAAAACAGUCUUAACACAGAAGUUCACUCUGGACUGGGCUGAAGACAAACACAACCGGGCCAUACAGUUUACAUUUCCAUUCACCUUCAGAGAGCUGAAUGUGCUGAGAGAGAAGAAGUUCAGCUUGGUGGGACUUGUUCAUCACUUCUUCAGUGAAACCAGGGCAGCAGGAAUCUGCAGGUUUGAAGAGUUCCAGGUUGUGUUCAUCUUUGACGGUCUGGAUGAGUGUCGACUUCCUCUGGAUUUCCACAACAAUGAGAUCCUGACUGAUGUCACAGAGUCGGCCUCAGUGGAUGUGCUCCUCACAAACCUCAUCACUGGGAAGCUGCUUCCCUCUGCUCGACUCUGGAUAACCACACGACCUACAGCAGCCAAUCAGAUCCCUCCUGAGUUUGUUGGCAUGGUGACAGAGGUCAGAGGGUUCACUGACCCCCAGAAGGAGGAGUACUUCAGGAAGAGGUUCAGUGACGAGGAGCAGGCCUGCAGGAUCAUCUCUCACAUCAAGACCUCACAAAGCCUCCACAUCAUAUGCGACAUCCCAAUCUUCUGCUGGAUCACUGCUAGAGUUCUGGAGGAGGUUUUGAAGACCAGAGAGGGAGGAAUGCUGCCUAAAACCCUGACUGAGAUGUACAUCCAUAUCCUGGUGGUUCAGUCCAAAGUGAAGACGGUUAAGUACGAUGGAGGAGCUGAGACGGAUCCAUACUGGAGUCCAGAGAGCAGGAAGAUGAUUCAGUCUCUGGGAAAACUGGCCUUUGAUCAGCUGCAGAAAGGCGACCUGAUCUUCUAUGAAUCCGACCUGACAGAGUGUGGCAUCGAUUUCACAGCAGCCUCAGUGUACUCAGGAGUGUUCACUCAGAUCUUUAGAGAGGAGAGCGGACUGUACCAGGACAAGAUGUUCUGCUUCAUCCAUUUGAGUGUUCAGGAAUUUCUGGCUGCUCUUCAUGUCCAUCUGACCUUCAUUAGCUCAGGUGUCAACCUGUUGUCAGGAAAAAAAAAAUCCUCCUUGUUGGUCUUUAGAAACAAACCUAAAGCAAAACAUCUCUACCAGAGUGCUGUGGACAUGGCCUUACAGAGUCCCAAUGGACACCUGGACUUGUUCCUCCGCUUCCUUCUGGGUCUUUCCCUGGAGACCAAUCAGACUCUCCUACGAGGUCUGCUGACACUGACAGGAAGUCGCUCACAGACCAAUCAGAAAACAGUGCAAUACAUCAAGGAGAAGAUCAGUGAGAAUGUGUCUCCAGAGAAAAGCAUCAAUCUGUUCCACUGUCUGAAUGAACUGAAUGAUGGCUCUCUAGUGGAGGAGAUCCAACAGUCCCUUUGUUCAGGACGUCUCGUUUCAGAUAAACUGUCUCCUGCUCAGUGGUCAGCUCUGGUCUUCAUCUUACUGUCAUCAGAAGAACAUCUGGAGGUGUUUGACCUGAAGAAAUACUCUGCUUCAGAGGAGGCUUUUCUGAGACUGCUGCCAGUGGUCAAAGCCUCCAACAAAGCUCUACUGAGUGGCUGUAACCUCUCAGAGAGAAGCUGUGAAGCUCUGUCUUCAGUCCUCAGCUCCCAGUCCUCUAGUCUGAGAGAUCUGGAUCUGAGUGACAACAACCUGCAGGAUUCAGGAGUGAAGCUUCUGUGUGUCGGACUGAAGAGUCCACACUGUGAACUGGAGACUCUCAGCCUGUCAGGCUGUCUGAUCACAGAGGAAGGAUUUGCUGCUGUGGCCUCAGCUCUGAUCUCCAACCCUUCCCACCUGAGAGAGCUGGACCUGAGCUACAAUCAUCCAGGAGACUCAGGAGCAACGCUGCUUUCUGCUGUACUGAAGGAUCCACACUGGAGACUGGAGACUCUCAGGGUGGAGCCUGCUGGAGUCCAAUGGUUGAGACCAGGUCUGAGAAAGUACUCCUUCUACAGAGUCUCCUUUGACAGACUGAUCCACCUCCACACCUUCAGCACCACAUUCGCUGAGCCUCUUUUCCCUGGGUUCUGGUUCUGGCCUGGUGCCUCACUGAACCCACCUUUCCAUCCUCUGGUCCCAAAGUCGGUUGAAGGGGGCGAAGGCGACGUGGAGCUCGGAGCUGUUGUCUCGGGGUCUUCCAGCUUGCUCAACUGGAGGCAGACUGUCCUGACUCCGUCCUCGGCACCCUUGAAGUCCCCAUCUCCUGCCCCUCCUUCAAGCUAG